CUUUUAUUUCCCCAAACUUGUUCGCCUUCCAUUCCUAGGGAAUGAGUUUCUAUGGGGCAAGAGGUGGGAACGUGUUUGGUUAUUCAUCUUUAAGUAAACAGUGAAGAUACCUGGCCUUUUCUUUAAGGAUAAGGUUGCAUACCACCGCCAUUGCACAAACAGGGAGUUGUUUUCUAUUCGACUUAAAUCAUAUUUGAUUCGAAAUUUUUCCAUGGAUAAUGACUGAUUUUCUUAUACAGCAGACAGACGUAUGCUUGGUGGAACUUUUGGUAGGCUAUUAGAAGCCGCAGCGACGUCAUCGGUGAUUUGAACCUCUGGCGCCAGCAUUGGUAACGCAACGUAACGUAAGUUGGAAAGAUAAAAUGGCGUCUCAGUGUGGAUUAUUGUGCCAUGUUAUCGUCUUGGUGCUCUGUCUAGUCCAUCCCAGUCUUCAGCAGGACGUUCCUAUCGUGAUGGGGCCUGUUAACUCCCAGGCAGCCGUGGGGACGGACGCUGUGUUCUACUGCAAGGUCCGGGCAGGCCAGGGGCUGGUCGUCUACUGGAUCCUGAACCGGACCAUAGCAAUAGGACCAAACGUAAACAGGAACGAGGCUCUCCCGAAGUACGAGAUAUUCGGGAACGCAUUACUGGGCUAUUAUAACCUGAGGAUCAAGAACGUUACGAUCGACGACGACGCCGUCCAGUACGAUUGCCUGGUUGAUACCAAGGGUGAUGGGUCCAACUACGAAGAGGGUGCGACGUUGAGCGUCGACAAUCCUGCCUUGGAGCCAAUGGGUCCUGUUUGUCUGGGCGCAACUGACAAUGAGAUCGUGUUGGAUGAGGGAGAUGAGCUUGAAAACUACAGAUGCCAGUCAAGUGGAGGUAGACCCCUUGGGGAAUUGAAGUGGAGCUUGCUUCGUUCGGAUCAAACCCUUGUCGAUGUUGAUUUCGACACGCAGGUUAAUACGACGCCGUCAAUAACCGCGACGUCAAGUUCCUACACGGUGACAUCGGACGACCACGAGUCCCGGUUGGCUUGUUCGCUUACGCACCCGAACCUGAAUGCCGAUAGUAUUUGUUCAGUCCCCUCGGGAUCUGCUAUGAUCAUCGUAAGGCAUUUUCCCAUCGUCAACUUCGGUCCUCGACUCGACGUUCACUAUCUCGAGACGAAGAACGCCACGAUCAGGUGCACGGCUACCGCUUACCCCGACUUAAUCACAAGCAUCCCCCAGCUGAGUUUCUCCGAUCCCGACAUGUUGAUCGCGACAACGCUUACGGAGGAAGGGGUCAUUGACGCAGUGAUCCGAAUCUCGCAACGUUCCGAUGUCGGAAAAAGCAUCAACUGCACUGCUGCAAAUGCGAAGGGGAGCACGACGUCGACACUAGAGAUCGAACUCACGCCCAGACUUCCCGUUUGGCUGCUGAUGGUGGUACUGAUCCUCGCUUGUCUUGUGGUUCUACUUCUGUCACUUUGUUGUUGCUACUGCUUCUGCAAUGGUUGUAAGCCGAAGGCAGUCGAAGACCAACCCGAUCGUGGUGACAUCAAGGCAGCUGGGUACGAAGUCAACGAAUCUCGAUCGGCGUCCGUGUUCAAGCCUAACGGCCUGAAUGGCACGGACCCUCGCCCCAUCAACAACGACGACGCCGACAGUUUCGGUGAUAUCCAGCUCAACGACUACACGAUUUAUCCUCUUCCCCUGCCGUCGUCCGAGCCCACGACCGAGUUCAACGACCACGAGACAGGCGAGUACAACGAUGGCUACCUGUCGCCCGAUGCUGAUGAGAUGUUUCCUCCCAUGGUCGAGGAUGAGCAUCUGAUGGAUGAGAAGAGGAUAUCAACAUUCAAACCUGAUGAUGAGAUGAAUGGAUUCGCAUCACCAACUUCUCCCCCUCCUCCUCCACCACCGCCUCUUGAUCUGGACCCGCCUCAACCCAUCCCCUCCAUCGAAGAUGAUUAACUCUAAUUUAACUAAAUCCAAUUUUAUACCACUGCUGUUUGUUAUUCAAAACAAGACUUUGUACCGGAUAUUCAAUAACCAUAACCAUAUUUAUUCUUUUGCAUUUGUCACUCUUUUCUAUUUUGAAAACACAAAAAGAUGUUAAAAGGAUGUUCAAUGGCUAUAUUAAUUCAACAUCAAUAUAUUAGAUUGAUUUUAUUCUGUAGACAUUCCUUGCUAGUACUUAAUUUUUUUAAAUAUUUUGUUCUAUAAGAAGCUUAAUAACAAAAUUCAAUAGCAGUUGAUUAGAUUUUCAAUUUAGUAGACACUCCAUAUGGCGUAUACCAUUUUUUCUCUCUUGUGAACAAAAGGUGUUCAAAUAUAUUUAGAAAGUAUGUCAGCUCGAUCACAGGUGGUCGUAUUUAUGUAUAGUGAUUUGAUUCAGUAGAUAUUUGAACAAUUGUUAUUUACUUUUAAAAUCACAACAUAACAAAUACCAUCAGGGGAAAAUGUACACUUCAGAAAUAGCAGGUCCCCUACCGUUAAUGGUGUUGGUACAAUCAUGUAUUUAUACCCCUAAAACAAACUUUACUUCAUGUGGCAAGAUAUGAUAUUAUUUUCUGAAAUGCAAACGUGAUUUGAUAUUUAAAAUAGGUUGUUCUUAAUGGUGUAGGGCCAAUUGAGAUGUCAUUGUUCAAGGAGUUUUAUUAUGAU